AACUAGAAGUGGAGUCAACAAAUAUAUCUUGCGCUUUUUCGAACGUUAAUCAAAAGGAGGAAAGCAAUAUGGAACAACACCGCGUCAACUUUUUGGAUUUUGAGACAAAGAAAGAAAAGUAUUAG